UAAAUAUGUAAAAAACAUUAUACAAAUAUAACAGUGUCUGUUUAGGCCAAACAUUAAACGUUCUCAAAUAUUGAAAUACACCAUAGGAACCUAAAUUCUCGGACUUGGAAGCCGGACGGACUGUUAGACGAUGGGACCACAAACAUGGCGCUGCCCUUAUUCCGAUGGAGCUGUAGAAGGCCUGUUCUGGGUCUAAGCGCGUAUUUAAGAUGUAACAAACUAGCCGAAGUAGGAAAUCAGUCAGUUGGGAAGAAACAGGCCUCGUUAUCAUGUGUUGCAUCCGGAGUCCGGUACUGCAGCUCGGACAGAGAAGGACACAGACAAACGCGGAAGGUUGUGGUGGUCGGCAUUCCAAACCCGUUCGUCUGGUUCCGGACCAAAUUCUCCUUCUUCAUCAUACGGGCUUACUUCGACAAGGACUUCAGCAUCGAUGAGUUUACCGACGGAGCGAAACAGGCAUUUGCACACGUAUCUCGAUUGCUCUCUCGGUGCCAGUUCGAAGAGCUGGAAGGUCUUGUCGCUAAAGAUUUGAUCAGUAAACUGCAGGAGAAGUGCGCCGAUCUCCCGACGAGCUACAAAGGAGCCCUUUCGGCUGAUCCGGAUGACAUCAUGUACACGAUGCCGGCGGACGUGGGGUUUUGCUACGAGAACGACGGGAGAAAGUUUGUCAGCAUCCUGAUGCGCUUCUGGUAUCUAACCAGUGCCCGGCUGCCCGACGACAUCGUAGAUGGAGCGCGGAUCUUCCAGGUAGCCAUUGGGAAAGACGGGGAGAAACCGGAGAGCAAGAGGCUGCUCACGGCCAAUUACGAAUUUCAGAGGGAGUUUACACAAGGAGUGGCACCAGACUGGACCAUCACUAGAAUAGAGCACUCAAAGCUGCUCGAUUAACCACGACAAACUCUCUGUAACAACAUCCGACUCUCAAUAUCUCCGAACUGUAAACGAGUCACGUUCGCUGUAGAAACCGGGCACGUGAAAACCACUCGCGCGCUCCGUUUCCUUUGAUAAAGACGAUCCUGUAGAAUUAGAGGUAAACCGGCAAAUCGUUUGGACCCUGUUUAAUUCCAGUUAUUGCAAUUCUUUGUAUCGUGAGUCACGUGGUGUUCGAUAUCGUGUGUGUGGUUGUUCGAUUAGAACCUGCGAAAGAUUUCUCUGAUGGUGAUUCGACACGGAAAUACGCCGGCGGGCCGUGUCUCCGAUCUGAAUUUGUACCUUUUCUACUGAUGUGAUGUGGGAAUUCAAUAAAAGCAAUUCUUCAAUAAAGAAAUCACACCUG